CAAGAGACUUCAUUCUCAGGAUAGGAGAUCGCAAACAAUUUUGGAGUGGUCGGCCAGCUUUAAAUGGGCGGGGGAUUCGUAGGGCUGAGAACCAGGAAACCGGACGCAGAUAUGGUGGACCACCCAAGCAUUGCACAAAUUCACAGUGAUUACGGGAAAUGCAUCGAUCUAUUGGAAUUUUCACAAUGAAUUCGACGAGGACUACCCUCCUGAUGAGCUUUAUCUGAUUAUUCUCGUUCUUCGUGGUCCUGAUGGCAUCGGGCGAUCCGCGGCCACGUUUGCAUGCGGUCCCACUCUGCACAAGCAUCGAAAGUGCUGAUGGAAGGUCAAAACAACACCACUGUUCGGAAUGCGAGGAAUACAAAGUACACAGUGUGUCUGUCAUACUUUUGGUCUCGCACCCGUCAGCUCAGCUCAGCUCAGCUCAGCCCAGCUCCACACCCGACCACACUCUCAGAAUCACGCAGCCUAGCGACUGGUCCCCAUCUUCAACACAGCCACGUCUCCCGUCUCCAUAGUGGCUGGGCAGCGGGGCUAUCCAGAGAGCUCUUAAAACAAAAUCCCCCCGCUCUCAGGCAACGUACUUUCCGCCCGAUCCUCUUUGUAGUUUUGUUUUCCCCUCUUCCUUGCAUUCAUCUGCCACCAUGUCGCAGAAUGAUGACCUGGCCUAUGGCCGCUACUACGAGUCCGAACGUGGAUCGGGUGAUGGCUCUCGAGGUCUGAGCGAUACCUUCAAGAAGUUCAAGGAUACCUAUAAGACUCACUCUAAGCCCACCGGUCAGGGAUAUAACCAGGGUGGUGCCCCCGGAUCAUCGCAACAGACCUACCAGGACCAGAGUCAAGCCCCAUACGGAUACAGCCAUGGCCAGCAAGGCCAGCAAGGUCAAGAACAAUAUUACUCGGGUCAGAACCCACAGUACCACGGACGCCCCCAGAAAGAAGAUAAAAUCGGUGGCUUUUUGGGCAAGAUCCAAGGUACCGUGACAGGUCUUGGAUCCGAGUUGGCCACUAAACUCGGAACCGCCAUCGAUCCACAGGCAUACGCCCAGUAUGGAGCUACCAAGCCCACGACAGAGCACCGCUUCGGAAGCUUCGCUCCGCCCCGAGAACACAACGAGGUGAAGCCGUACGUCGAUGGGUGCUCCUAUUUCUGGGCAGUAUCCGUGGCGCUGGAGAAUGCGCGCGAGUCUAUCUGGAUUCUUGAUUGGUGGUUGUCUCCCGAACUUUACUUGAGAAGACCUCCGGCCGAGAAUGAGAAAUACCGACUAGACCGAUUGUUGAAGGAUGCCGCCGUUCGCGGUGUGCGCGUCAAUAUCAUCGUUUAUAAGGAGGUCACUCAGGCAUUGACGCUCUCCUCAGCCCACACCAAGCAUGCCCUGGAGGACCUUCACCCCAACAUCGCGGUCUUCCGCCACCCCGACCAUCUUCCGGAUCGCCAGGAGCUUGUAUCUGAUAUUGCGCACUCCUUCCAGAACCUGUCGCUCACCUCCGCCAGUCUUUCGAAGAUGUCCAAGGAUACCUUGAAGGGCUUGUACGGAAUGAACGACGAUGUCAUUCUCUACUGGGCCCAUCACGAGAAGUUGUGCCUGGUCGAUGGUCAGAUCGCUUUCAUGGGCGGCCUGGAUCUGUGCUUCGGUCGGUGGGACACCCAUCAGCACGCAAUUUCCGAUGUGCACCCGUCCAACAUCAACGACACCGUCUUCCCGGGUCAAGACUACAACAACUCCCGCGUUCUCGAUUUCGAGAAUGUCUCGGAGUGGGAGAAGAACCAAUUGGAUCGCUUGACCAUGUCUCGCAUGGGAUGGUCUGAUAUUUCAAUUGGACUUCGGGGUCCAGUCGUCGAGGAUCUGCGACGCCAUUUCGUGGAGCGCUGGAACUUCAUCUAUGAUGCAAAGUACCAGGUUCGCCAGAAUUCUAGGUACACCCGACUUGCGCUCUUCGGACAGCCUACCACCUCGUCUGGGUCACAACCUGGUGCCACCCCACAGCCAGGCCAGUACCAGUCGGGAGCUCCUCAUCAGCCACAGCAACAGGUGCAGCAGCAGGCAUCGGCUCCUCAAUGGCAGAGCCAGCAGUCCAGUGCUACAAGCCAUCAACAGCAAGGAUCAGCUCCCCAGUGGCAAGCUCAGCCCUCCACUGGAACGCCAAGCUACCCACCCCCACCUACAUCCUCUAGCCCUCAGCCGCCACAAUAUCAGCAGCAGCAGCCCAACACCUCUUCAUCAUACCAGUCUGGUAGCACACCGGGCUACCCUCCCCCACCAGGGCAAUACUCGUCGGACCAGAGUCAUCACCAGCAGCAGCAGCAUAGUCCUGCCCCAUCUUACCAGGCAUAUCAUUCCGACAACACCCAAAGCUACCAAUCCGGCGCAAGCCACUCGGCAACCCCCAAUCAGCCAUCGCCAAGCCAGCCACUCCACCAGUACAGCUACACGGGUGAUUCAUUCCCUCCACCUCCGCCGGGCCCGGCACCGAGCCAGUCCCCUGCUGUUCAAUCUUAUCAUCCUCAGCAGCAACAGACCCAGGGAUCAUACUAUUCCCCGCCGCAAAACCAGGCCUCUGGUGGUUCCACCCAACAGACCCAGCAACAGAGUCAGGCUCCUUACUACCCGCCUCCACCGGGUCAGGAAGCUUCUCAUUCUGCCACUCGUGGGUUCGACGACUAUCAGCAUGGGGGUGAUCAGAGUCGGGGCUUCGCACCAAAGCGCUUCCGUGAAGAUAUCUCGCAGUACGGCAACCAACUUCGUGGCCAGUUAGCGGGCCAGAUCCACCAGUACCAGGAUCGACUUACCACCUACGGCCGUCCUCAAUCACAGAGUCGUGGCAACAUGUCCUGCCAGAUUGUUCGCAGCUGUGCUAAAUGGAGCAAUGGCAGCCCAGUCGAGCACUCAAUUGCAGAUGCCUAUGCUGCGAUUAUUAAGAACAGCCAACACUUCGUGUAUAUCGAAAACCAGUUCUUCAUUACUGCCACUGGGGAUUCGCAGCACCCUGUGAAGAACAAGAUUGGUGCUGCUAUUGUCGAGCGUAUUCUGCGCGCUGCUCGUGCUGGUCAGAAGUACAAGAUCAUUGUGGUCAUUCCAUCGGUACCUUGCUUUGCUGGCGACCUUCGUGAUGACGAGACCCUGGGGACUCGUGCUAUCAUGGAGUUCCAGUACAACUCGAUUAACCGAGGAGGACACAGUAUUAUGGAACUGAUCGCCAAGGAAGGGUUCAACCCGAUGGAAUACAUCCGGUUCUAUAACCUGCGCAACUACGAUCGUAUCAACAAUGCCGGGCUCCUCUCUGCGGUGGAGCGGGAGAGCGGGGUUCACUACGAGGACGCUCGCAGACAGUAUGACCAGCAGACCGUUGGCGCUGCUGGUUAUGCUACCCCUCCUCCUGGACCUGGUGCUACACGCAGCGCAUAUGAUACGAGCGCUCCCUUCCAGCAAUACCAGCAAGCAGCACAGCAUCAUAGCCAGGGCAACAAGCCUGCUGGAUCUACUCAAUGGGACAGUGUUAGCUCUUGCUACAUGCUGGGUGGACAGGAUAUUCGUAAUGUGCCGUGGGACGGACACCCCGACGCUGAGAUUGACGCAUUCGUGAGCGAGGAGCUCUAUGUCCACUCCAAGGUUAUGAUUGCCGACGAUCGCGUGGUCAUCUGCGGCUCUGCCAACCUCAACGACCGCUCCCAGCUGGGCGACCAUGAUUCUGAAAUCGCCGUCGUCAUCGAGGACUUCACCCCUCUCCAAUCCACCAUGAACGGUCAACCCUGGAUGGCCAGCCGCUUCGCAGCCUCGCUCCGUCGCGAGCUAUUCCGCAAGCACCUCGGUCUCCUCGCACCGCAGGACUACAAGCGCCCCAACGCAAGCUUCGAGCCUCCAGGUGUCCCGGACCACUUCGACCUCGAGUGCCCCGAAAGCAAAGUCGUCGCCGAUCCACUCGCAGACACCCUCCAAAGCCUGUGGAACUCGCGCGCACAUACCAAUACUGAAGUCUUCCGCAAGGUUUUCCACGCAGUUCCCGAUGAUGCCGUCCGUAACUGGGCUACGUAUAAGGAAUUUUACGAGUACUACUUCCACAAGGCGGACAAGGAAGCCGAGGGUAAGGAUCAGUAUGGUCGUCCACCGCGCUUCCAGUGGGGUCAUGUCGUGCGUGAUGAUUUUGCGCCCGGUGCUGAGGGCGCGAAGCAGGUUAAGGAGUUGUUGAGUCAAGUUAAGGGUACGCUGGUGGAGAUGCCGUUGAUGUUCUUGAUUGAGGAAGAUAUUGCGAAGGAGGGGAUUACUCUGAAUGAAUUGACCCAGCCGCUCUAUACUUAGGGUGUGUUAGUAUGUUAGUUCUUGCGAAGAGAAGAAAUGAUGUUUGCAUAGGUUUUGCCAAUGAUUUAUCAGCGUGUACUGUUUAUGAUUUGUUUCGUGUAUAUGAGAAAUUGCCAAUGACUGAGCAUUCCUUUCAUAAACGACUUGUUUAUUUUCUAUCUCGUUUAUUUUCUAUCUCUAGUUGCAGUAUUUAUACACUGUGAACUUCGCAUGUCUCAAUAAAUCGCCUCUUUUCUCUCUC